AAGAUUGUUGUUACUGUGCUAAUGAUGUUGGAGUUCCUUAAAUUUCUCAGUUGCCAGAAUAUCGUUACCUCUGAAAUUGGAUCUGAUACCUGCAUUUCGUUUUGGAAGCCUUCGAUGACCUAUGGAGAUAAAGUGAUCAUUAUGAGAGACAAAGCACAACUCUGUGUAAAAUAUAGUAAUCAGAAUAUAUUACUAGAUUCAAAUUAUUGGAAUAGGAAUCCGAUGUUUUCUUGCAACGAGAGCAGUGUGCAAUUAGCCGUUUGUUUUACAAACACCCAGAUCUCCGAUGCCGGUGCAUUUUAUAUGGCCAAUGAAAGCAGCAGUUUUCCAAUAGAAAAUUAUACUCUUAAUGUUGAAUAUCCUCCAAAUGUGUCCACAAUGAAUGAACAGAAAGUAAUUGAGGGUCAAUAUGUUUUUGUCACGUGUAAUUACACCGUGGGAAAUCCGCCAUCUACAACAGUAUAUUGGACCAAGGACGAGUCAUACUUCAGACAAAACCAAAAAACCCUCAGCAUAACAAACGUUUCAAGAAGUGAUUCGGGGACAUACGUGUGUUUUGCAGAGAACACUUACAGUAGCGGAAGGAAAGGAAUCUCCAAUAACACACUGCAGCUAGAUGUACAGUAUCCUCCCACAAUAUCUCUACUUACAACUCAGAAACCAGUAGAGGGGGAUGACCUUACUGUGGUUUGUAACGUCACUGAAGGGAAUCCCAGCUCUGUCACACAGAUAAGAUGGACCCGAUCAGGCUACGGAUUCUUACAAAAUGGGAAAAUAUUGAGCUUAACAAGCAUACAGAGAUCACAAUCCGGAAGCUACACUUGUACAGCUGAAAAUACUUAUUUCAGUGGAACCAGAGGGAGAGAUACACAGUCCAUGACGAUUGAUGUAGAAUAUCCUCCAAAAGUUUCAGCAUUUUCUAGUCAGUAUCCUGUGGAAUAUAAUAAUCUAAUUGUAAGCUGUGUUGCAAAUAACGGAAACCCUUCGAGCACACUCUACUACUGGACAAAAUCGGAAGACGAUGAUUUUCAACAGAAUAAUACCAAAUUAAGUCUGUACAGUAUAGACAGGAAUCAGUCGGGAACUUAUAUAUGUACUGCAGAGAAUACUUACACGUCUGGAUCAAAAGGCAGCGACUCUAAACAACUUGUGGUCGAUGUUCAAUACCCUCCAUUGGUAUCCACAAUCGCUGAUAUAAGACCAGUGGAGCAAGACAACGUCAGGGUGCAAUGCAACGUCAUCAAAGGAAAUCCGUCCUCAACUAAUGUCUUUUGGACCAAAUCAGGAAGUUCCAGUCCCAUACAGUCUGGCUAUACUCUUGAAUUAAAUUACAUUAGAAGAGGGAACUCAGGAACAUACUACUGUGUCGCAGAAAAUUCGUAUAUUGGUGGAGGAAAAGGCAGAACAACCCAAUCAUUCCUUGUGGAUGUUUUGUAUGGACCUACGCUUAAUGGACAGACAUUGACGAUCUCUGAGGGACAACGGGCCCAGAUGUCCACCACGGUGACCAGUAACCCGGCCUCAAGCGUAUCCUGGUUCAGGGGCAAUGAUAAACUUUAUACCCAGGGUUCUGUCAGUGGGAUUUCAACUUACACCAUAUCAAGGGCUCGGUGUACUGAUACUGGGCAAUUUAGAGUAGUCGCCAGCAACGGGAUCCAAAAUAACUACUCGACAGUCGUAAACCUCUAUGUCUACUGUUCGCCACGUUUAAAUUCUUCUGGGAGUUCAGUUUUCGUUCCAAUAGGAAAUAACAAAUACUUGGACGGUGACGUCACCAUCUUAUCGUAUCCACAGCCUAACUACACAUUGACACUCCCAAAUGGUGCUCCGAAUACUCUCAUUGAUCUCAGUAUAUCCACCAUUUCCACGAACAUCUUUCGCAUCACACUGCGCAGGUCAAAUAUCCAGCCAGAGGAUCAUGGGAUAUAUAAAAUGAUUGUUUCAAACGCAUACGGAACAACAAUAAUAAAUAUCUACGUUAAUCCUAAAAGUAAACCUUUAAAAUCAGAUCAAGUACUUGUUUCUUGUGGAAACAGAAAAGCUCACGUAACCUGGCAGUCAUCUUACUUUGGUUACGAGGAUCAAAAUUCAUUUGUUCAAUACUCGACCAAACCUGAUAGUGUAGUCUUUUCUAACGGCUCUGGCAUCAUUCCUGAAAGAAUUAAACAAGAACUUUUGCAUGUUACAGUUUCCAGUCUACAAGACAAUACGAUGUACUUCUUUAGAGUGGUCACCAGUAAUAGAUACGGGUUCUCUCUGUCAAAGGUUGUCAACUGCACCACGGAUACUUUAAACGAAGAUACGUCUUCUGCACCCAUCGCCAUUGGAGCUGUCCUUGGCACCUUGCUAGCUUUGAGCAUCGCUGCGGUGGCCUUCAUAUCAUAUAAUUACUUUCAAGGUACUACUCAAAAACUCAAACAUUAA